UGCUCCUUCUGUUGCUGUACACUACUCACUACUAAUACUCUCUUCCCAGGUCUCGCUGUCUCUUCAUUUGACUUUGUUGAGAAAACCCUAAAAUCCCAAAUCUCCAGCAAUGGCACCGAAGAUGAAGCUGCAGCCGCGCAAUCCCCCUGUUGAGGAUCCACCCACAGCUUCUUCCUCUUCCUCUUCCGAAUACGAAGAAGAAGAAGAAGACUUGCAACCUUCCACCCAACCACCCGCGCAAGAUUUUUCCUCUUCCUCAUCCGAAGACGACGAAGAACCUUCCAAAACCCCUCCCACUAACCCUACCUCCAAACCCUCCUCCUCCGAAUCCGACACCCCCUCCGACUCCGAUUCCGAGCCCAAGCCCAAGCCCACCAAUCAGGCCCAAAAGCCCAAGCCCCAGCCCCAGUCCUCCUCCGCCCCGCCCAAAUCCGGAUCCAAGCGCCCCGCCGAGUAUUCCGCCCUGCCCAAGCCCGCCAAGAAGAAGCCAACCGACGCCUCUCCUUCCGUCGCCGCCUCCGACGACGAGGCGGAGGAGGACGGGAAGAAGUCCGGCGGUGGCGGGGGCGGGCAAUUAAAGCUGUUCCAGAGGCUCUGGAGCGAGGAAGACGAACUGGCGAUUCUGAAGGGCAUGGCCGAGUUCAUUUCCCGCACCGGGCAAGACCCUCACAGGUACCCCGAGUCUUUCCACGACACCGUUAAGAAGUCGCUCCACGUGGAAGCCUCCAGCAACCAGCUGAAAGAGAAGAUCCGGCGCUUGAAAAAGAAAUUCGAGACCAAUUUGGGGCGAGGGAAGAACGGGGAGGACCCCAAAUUCUCCAAGCCCCACGACCAGACGCUGUUCGACUUGUCCAAAAAGGUUUGGGGCGAAGCUAGUAUGCUCGUGGUGAGGCCCAAGUUCAAUGGGAAGCCCGCCAAGAGCCCAAUUCCCAAGAAGGAAGGUAAAAGCAGGAAUGUGACAACAACAACGCCCGAAACAAACACUCAAUUGGCGCUUGUGGACUCGAAGGGGUCUGAAAAAUCUGAUAUUGGUGAUGUGAAUUCGCUUUACCGCGAGAUAUCUGAUGUUAAGGAGCUGGAUGAGGAUGAGAUGAAGAGGGGAUUGACAUUGAUUGGAGAAUCGAAGAGGAAGGAGUUGGAGGGAAGGUGGAGGAACUUGCGACGUGCUGAGAUUGAACUCGUUGCGAAUCGCUCUUUGCUCAUUGGGGAACAGAUUAAGUUGAUACAUGAAGCGCUUGAGUCAUCUGACAAAUAGAGAUUCAUUGCGUUAGGUAUCAUUUUUACUCUUUCUGCUGCUCUUAGUUAAUUACAGGUUGUCUCUUUUAAUUCGGAUUUGCUAUUUGCUGUUGUGUGUAUAUAUGUCAUGGACAAACCAUGAUUUUGAGAUGAACAUAUUGUUCUGAUUUAUUAAUAAGUGUGUAAUUCUGCUUAAUUUGUGGGUAUUUAGUUUUGUUUUCACCAUUGCUCUUGGAGUUUACAAGAGAGGCCAUUUCAUGCACUUGGUAACAUAGCCUCUUCAACAAUGAGUAGGAAAAUUUGUGGUGUCACUUUUGGUAAUAUAUUCAAAUUGGCAAAACAAAGCCUCUUUGUUAAUUGAGGUGUUGCAAUUUGGGAUGGCUGGAACAUUCACCAUCACUAAUUUUCAACCUAUGUAAUCAGCAUUUUUUUGUUAAAUGUCUAUCACAAUGUUAUUCCU